UGUAUCCUCACUGUCAAAAUGCACCAUAUAUGCUAAUCAAUCACUAUUAAUUACCAAAAGAAAAUAAAAAUUUGUAGCAAUUGUGUUGCUAAUACAUUUCUUAAGCAUACUCCAACUUGGAAAACUUAUCCACAAGGUGUUUUUUUGUGACAAUGAGGUCGGAUCUACUGACGAUGAUAAGGGUAAUAAUAUUAUUAGGAUUGAUGAAGUGCUCGGCCAGUAGACUUGACAAGGUGGGCGGCAAGUAUGGCUGGGACCAGAAUGUUAACUAUACCGAUUGGGCUGCUCAUCAACAUUUUUACGUUCGCGAUUGGCUUUAUUUUGUGUUUGACAAGCACUAUUACAGCGUGCUGGAGGUGAACCAGACGAACUAUGAGCAGUGUAUUGAUCGUGAUUUUAUAACAAACAUUACAAGGGGUGGGCGAGAUGUUUUUCUGCUUACUCAGGCAAGGCCUUAUUACUUUAUCAGCAGUGGAGGUUACUGUUUCCAUGGAAUGAAAUUAGCUAUAAAUGUUGAAGAACCUUUGCCAGCUUCUCCUGCUCCUUCUUCAUCAGACAAAAUUAAUGCUUCUCCACCCCAAAUUGGCAAACAUUUUAUUACACCCGUUCUUGCGAUUAGCACUCUUGUGUGGACGUUCUUGUUUGCUCAAGCUAGGUUGUCAUGACUCCACUGCGUUCUUUCAAGACUGAGGAGAUAUAGGAUUUAACACAGAGAGAUCACACAUAUACAUAUUUAGGUUUUAUCUUGAUUUCGAGUUUGUGAAAUUGUUACUAUUUCCAAGUUAAGCAGGCAAUCAACUGCUUUGGAGAUACUAUCUAGUUUUACCUGGAUGUGUUAGCCUU